CCGUUUGAGUUUCUACUGUCAAUAACACUCGAUAAAAACAUGGGUUAUAAGAUUUUACACUUGCUGAUCUUGGCAUUUGCCGUAGUCUGUAUUCUGGCUCAAGAGUCAGAUGGAAACGAAGGAGGAGAUAUGGAACGUAAAAGUGUACUCGAUGAUGCUAAAAACUUAGCUUCUGAGUUGGCCAGUGAUAUGAUCGAUGGAGGUACGAGUAUGUCUCAGAACGAAGAUUCGGAAGAAAACGAUCAUGAUAACGAAGAUGAAGACGAAGAUGAAAAGGAAAUUGAUAACGGAGGUGAAAACGAAGAUGAAAACGAAUAUGAAGAAGACUCUGAAUAAGACUUCUACUAAAUAAGAGCUGUAUUGUGUACUAGAUUACAUUCUAAAAUUAUUUAAAUUUGGAGAAUUAUAUAACGACAAUGGCAAGAAUAUAAUAUUUGAAAUACGUACAUCGUAAGUGGUAAUAACAAUGAAAUUCCUUCGUCGACGAAGGAAUAUAUUUCCUAUUAUGCACUUAUAUUUGUUUUA